AUGCGCUUCUCUCUUAUCGCGCUUGCGGUGUUCGCUGCUGCCUCCGCCGCCAUGAAGCUGAGCGACGUGCCCGGCACCGAGGCCAAUCCCCUAGAUCUAGACAGCAACUACGUAGUCCAAUGGACUUAUGACGAGUAUGUUUCUUCUUUAGAUGGGCCACAGAGACCAAACGAGAGAGACAAGCCCGUCUGGGUGGCUAUCUCCCACUACGAUCAAGGCGGGUACUCGGAAUGCUACCUGCUCUCCGGCCAGCUGCGCGCCGGGGACGGAAGCUUUCGCAUCCCAACGCACCCUGUCUCCCAGCCGGUUACCCAAGUUACCGGAUACCGGUUCCGCCUGCACCAGACCAACCAAUGCGUCGCCAACCCCGGUAUUGAGGACCAGACGAACCAGUUCCGCCUCAAGCCUUACUACCCACCUACGAAAUAG